GCCCGUUACUGCCACCUCACUCGUCUCGACCUCCUUCCUCUUCUCCUUCUACAGCUCUUCUCUGAACCAAUCAGCAACCCGACGACCACAGCUCUGUUCUCUGUUCUGUUCCACCCCCCGCGCGAUGCUGAGAAGCGCCAUGGCAUCCGCGCCCAGCCCAAUCUGCUCUCUCCUCCUCCUCGUCAUGCUACUGCCUCCGUCCACGGCCGCUCUCUCGAAGCCGCCCGCGGGAUACCAGUACCACACGCUUCGCGGUACCCCGCUCUCCGCCAAGCCCACCGCCCGCGCUGGGGUCGGCGCCGGAUCCAUCUUCGGCGCCAACUUCGCCGCUUUCUUCGACGACACCGGCAACGCCUCCACCGUGCGAUUGCUGCUCGCCCACCGCGAGGCGUUCGCGGCGCCCAACGCCACCGCGCCCCAGCUGCUCGCGCACCGCCUGGCGCGCGACGCCGCGCGCGCCGUGGAGAUAUCCGCCGCGGCGGCAGGGGCCACGGCGAACGGGACGCGCGCGCCGCAGCGCCGCCGCGGCGGCGGCUUCGCGGCGCCCGUGGUGUCCGGCCUGUCGCAGGGCAGCGGCGAGUACUUCGCGCAGGUCGGCGUGGGCUCGCCGCCCACGCCGGCGCUCCUGGUGCUCGACACCGGCAGCGACGUCGUCUGGCUGCAGUGCGCGCCCUGCCGCCACUGCUACGCGCAGUCGGGCAGGGUCUUCGACCCGCGGCGCUCCCGCUCCUACGCCGCCGUCCCCUGCGCCACGCCGCUCUGCCGCCGCCUCGACACCGGCGGCUGCGACAAGCGGCGAGGGUCAUGCCUCUACCAGGUCGCCUACGGCGACGGGUCAAUCACCACGGGGGACCUGGCCACCGAGACGCUCUCCUUCGCCCGCGGCGCGCGGGUGCCGCGCGUCGCCGUCGGGUGCGGGCACGACAACGAGGGCCUCUUCGUCGCCGCGGGGGGGCUCCUGGGCCUCGGGCGCGGCAGGCUGUCGCUGCCCACCCAGGUGGCCCGCCGCUACGGCCGCAGCUUCUCCUACUGCCUCGUGGACCGCACCUCGUCGGUGAAGCCCUCGUCCACCCGCUCGUCCACCUUGACCUUCGGGCCCGCCGCCCUGGCCGGCGCCGCCCACGCGUCGUUCACCCCGAUGUUGAGGAACCCCAGGAUGUCGACCUUCUACUACGUGCGCGUGGUCGGGUUCAGCGUCGGCGGCGCGCGCGUCCGCGGCGUGUCCGAGCGGGACCUCCGGCUGGACCCGGCCACGGGCCGCGGCGGCGUGAUCCUGGACUCGGGCACGUCGGUGACCCGCCUCGCCCGCCCCGUGUACGCGGCGGUGCGCGGGGCGUUCCGGUCAACGGCCGCGGCCGCGGGCGGGCUCCGGCCGAGCCCCGGCGGGUUCUCGCUGUUUGACACGUGCUACGACCUGCGCGGGCGGCGGGUGGUGAAGGUGCCGACGCUGUCGCUGCACCUGGCGGGCGGCGCGGAGGUGGCGCUGCCGCCGGAGAACUACCUGAUCCCCGUGGACACGCGGGGCACGUUCUGCCUCGCGCUGGCCGGCACCGACGGCGGGGUGUCCAUCGUCGGCAACAUACAGCAGCAGGGGUUCCGCGUAGUGUUCGACGGCGACAGGCAGCGCGUCGGGCUGGUGCCCAGGAGCUGCUAAGCCAGUUCCUAUUCGUAGCAGUUUACUGCUGGCUAGUAUAAGCGUUUCCGUUUUAACUUUAAA